AGCCAAUGAAUCUGGGAAAAAGAAAGUCAAGUGGCCAGAAUGACCCCCCUCCCCGCUGGCUGCACUGUCCCCGGAAAGGAGCCGUCAUGCCUCUCCCUGCCAAGUUCCUACCUCUCAAGACACCUCUAGACUCCACUUUUAAUGACUCCGUACCUGAGGAAUGCAGGUUCAGUCCUGGAAUGUUAGUGGACGGGGUGGAUAACUUGGGGUUAAUCAUAGAUCUUACCAAGACGGACCGAUUUUACGAUAAGACUCUGUUUGAGGAGGAGGGAGUAGAACACGUAAAGAUAAAAUGUGCUGGGUUCGGGUCCGCGCCCAACAAGGAGCAAGUCAAUAAGUUCGUCAGUAUUUGCAAGAUGUUUUGGACUAAAAACCCGCUCAAAGUAAUCGGUGUUCACUGUACACAUGGUUUCAACAGAACCGGAUACAUGAUAAUAUCUUACCUGGUCCGAGAACAGAGUGUCAGUGUGGAAGCUGCUUUCCAACUCUUCAAAGCUUCCAGGGAACCUGGAAUCUACAAACCAGACUACAUUGACGAGUUGGCCACGAGUUUUGGGGAGGGAAGUGAGACCAUGUUAACUCCUGAUCUUCCUCCCUGGUGCUCUGAAUCUGAUGAUACUGAUCCAGAUAACCCUGGAGAAGGUUCAGAUGACAGGAAGAGAAGGCGGUUUGAUGACGGGACUGGAGUGAAAUUUAUGGCGGGAGUAUCUGACUCCAUUAAACCAGUUCCAGGUCACAUCUUGAAGGAGCUUCAACAGAAGUGUUGCCAUCUAGCAGGUAAGAGAGGUUUGGGUUUUGCGGGAUCACAGCCCGUGUCAUUGGACCACCGGAACAGAACUCUUCUGCAGCACAUGCCUUACAACGUUAGUUGGAAAGCAGACGGUUUCAGGUAUUUGAUGUUAAUAUUAGGAGAUAAUCAGAUCUACAUGGUGGACAGAGAUAACAACAUUUUCAAAAUACCUGCAAUUAAAUUCCUCUUCAAUCGCGAUCUCCACGCGCACAUAGCAGACGGUUCCAAACCCCUGACCCACCUAACUGAGACACUUAUAGACGGGGAAAUGGUGCUGGACAAGGACGGAGCCCAUACCAUUCCUCGUUUUCUUAUCUAUGACAUUGUCACGCUAAAUGGUAAAUAUGUGGGAGAUCAAAAUCAUGAUGUGCGACUAAGAAUGAUUCAGAAGGAAUUGGUAGAGCCGAGGAGGUUGGCUAUUUCUAAGAAUCUGAUUGACAGAAAUGCCGAACCGUUCGGUAUAAGGAACAAAGACUUCUGGCCGCUGAAUGCAUCAAAACUGAAAUGGCUGCUUGAUAAGUUCAUGCCCACUUUAUCACAUGGGAAUGAUGGAGUAAUUUUAACUCCAGUUAUGAAACCAUACACUGUAGGAACCACUCACGAACUGUUAAAAUGGAAACCGGGAAACCUCAACUCAGUCGAUUUUUUGUUACAUGUAGAGGAAAACAAGCCCAGACCUGGCGAACUGAAAGAAAAAGUUGGGAAACUCUUUGUAGGUGGGUUAGACCAGCCGUACGCGGUUGUGCGUGCCACCAAGAAAAUCAGAGACUUACACCGGCGCAUUGUGGAGUGCGUGUGGCGAAAUAACACGUGGGAUGUUAUAAGGGUUAGAGAAGAUAAAUCCUAUCCGAACAGUUACCAAACAGCUGUAAAUGUAGUGGAGAGCAUCAAACACCCCAUCACUCAGGAUGGUCUCCUCCACUUUAUAGAUAAGAGUGGGUGGAGGCUGCCUUCAGCUCCUCCUCCUAACAUCCCGCCUCCUGUUCUUAAUGGGGAUCAGAAGUUAAUGCCUCCUCCACCUGUGGGGAUGCCGACGUUGAAGAAAAAACCGGCUAACAUAUAGAGGAGUACGGGGCAUUGUUAAAUCUUAUAGUCUGAGUGGGGGUGCAGUUAGUCAGGGUUCUUGGUCUGUUUUGUCGCCCUUUGUCGCUUUGACACAUCUUUCAACUCGACAGUAGAAUUACUUUUUGAAAUCAAUUUUUACCCAAAUUACUCAUAGAUGACAGCAAAUUGUGCAGCGUUAUUUUUAAGACUUACCAAGAUUAUCUAACAUGCUCAAUUAACACUGUCACCCAAAAACACUGUAAAUUAAGUUGUUUAGACUAAAAAUUAUUUUUUGAAAAUUUAAUCUUUAAUAUCUAUCUGGGCCCAUUCGAAUGCUUGGUAAACCUUGAUUAGACUCAUUAAGGAGCCACCUCUUUUUUAGUAAAGACAGUCUAUUACCUCCUGUUAGAUUGUGGAAAUUUUGUAAUCUGUUGAUACACAGUUAAGGAUUGUAUCACUGAAACUACAUAACAUACCUCAAUCUGUUCCUCCUUGCCCUUGAAGAAGUCCUGUUUGUAACUUUGCAACUUCUAUAACUUGAACACAGGGUCAAUUAUCGAAACAUGAUGAUUUUUCAAUUUAUGUCAUGUGUUAUUCAUUCAAUUUACAUGAAGGUUUUAUGAAAUAUGAUAUUGAAUAUCAAUGCUAUUGUAUUGUACAUUUAUGAAAUUAUAUAAGUUUAAUGUCUUC